CAUUCUAUAUGUGGCUAUCAUCAACAUGCAUGUCCAUAUGUUUGAAAUUAAACUUUCUAUUUAUUAAAUUUUUUAUUGGUUUAGCGUUCAAGUGGAAAAUCAAUUGAGUUGACUCCGGAGACAGGAACACUGUUUGUUUUCUUCACUGGUGGAACUGUGUUUUUAACCCUUAUAGUAAAUGGGUCAACCACACAACUCAUGUUACGUUACCUUGGCAUGGAUAGUUUAUCAGCAGCUAAGAGACGUAUCCUUGACUUUACAAAGCAUGAAAUGUUGGACAAGGCAUUGGAGGCUUUCAGUGAACUUGGAGAUGAUGAGGAACUUGGGCCUGCUGACUGGCCCACAGUGAAGAGAUACAUCUCUUGCUUAAAUGACAUUGAAGGUGAACGUGUUCACCCUCAUGGUGCAACUGAAAAUGAUAGUCACCUAGAUCCUAUGAACUUGAAAGAUAUACGAGUACGACUACUGAAUGGUGUACAAGCUGCUUACUGGGAGAUGCUUGAGGAAGGAAGGAUUUCUCAAACAACAGCUAAUGUCCUAAUGUUAUCCGUAGAGGAAGCCAUAGAUUUGGCUUCAUCUGAGUCUCUAUGCGACUGGAAAGGUUUAAAAUCUAACGUUCACUUCCCAAGUUACUACAAGUUUCUACAGUCCAAUAUGUUCCCACCGAAGCUAGUGACAUACUUCACUGUACAAAGGUUGGAAUCUGCAUGUUAUAUUUGUNGUGUGUAUUUGUAUAUUUUAGUUAUUCUUAAACACUACUCAAAUAGUAUCUGA